AGGAGCGGGACUUCUAGACAAACAUAUGUUCUGUGUUCCCGUAGGCUCUACUAAAAUAUCUCGCCAUCUGCUCCCCAGCUUCUAGACGAACAUAGGUUCCAUGUUCUCAUACUGUUGUCCUAAAAUCCCGAUACUCCGCUCCUUAACUUCGGAGCUCCGGAACUCUCUAACUGAUAUAUAUUCUCAUAUUACAUUACAAAAACAAAUGAGCCUUUAGACACGCAAUUAUGACGCAGCAAUGCAAGAACUGCUUUCUACGGUCAUACAUUGUACAUAAUCCCAUAGCUUAGCACGUCCCCAUACCCUACGGGAGGUCUCAGGGACGCGGGUUUCACCCGCGUUCCGCUGGACGCAAAUAAAUAUCAUCAUCAUCAUUAUGACGGCUUUACAAAAUCUUCAGCCGCCCCGAAUAUCUACUGCGGAUUCCUGCAGCUCUCCUAUUACGUGUUUGCUAUCGCGCUGCGGCAAUAUGUCAGACAAAAAAACACCAACUUAUACUCUCGCAGAAGGGUGUCCUAUUGCAUCGUCAAGCACUGCUCAGACGUUUCGAUCUAAGAACACGCCUGCCUCCUCUGCUAAAUCCCUCGUCCUGUUACAAGAUACACAGCUCAUUGAGACCCUCGCCCACUUUUCCCGCGAGAGGAUUCCAGAGCGUGUUGUUCACGCCCUCGCCGUCGGGGCUUGGGGCGAAUUCGAGGUUACCAAGGAUAUAUCGUCCCUCACUAACGCCAAGUUCUUGAAUGGAGUUGGCAAGAAGAGCAAGGUGCUUCUCCGAGUCAGUGCAGUGGCACCCCAAGCUGGUGGUGCUGAAACGCAGAGGGAUGUUAGGGGGUGGGCCAUGAAGAUAUUUACAGAAGAAGGUAACCAAGACUUCGUCUUCAACAGUAUUCCUGUCUUCUUCAUCCGCGAUCCAAUUAAAUUCCCUAGUGUAAACCGAUCCCACAAGAAGAAUCCAGCGACCAAUGCUAGUGACAAUACAAUGUUCUGGGAUUAUCACAACAAUAACCAAGAAGGCACUCACGCCAUCAUGAUCCUUUUCAGCAACCGCGGCAUCCCAGCCUCGAUCAGGACGCUUAAUUCAUACAGUGGCCACACCUACAAGCUAGUCAACGACGACGGAAAUUUCACUUAUGUCAAGUUCCAUUUCAAAACCAACCAGGGGGUUAAGAACCUCAGACAGGCGGAUGCAGACAAACUUGCCGGAGAAAACCCAGACUAUCAUACCGAUGACCUAUUUGGAUCUAUUGAAAAAGGUGACUUUCCAUCUUGGACCCUCUACAUUCAGACUAUGAAGCCCGAUGAGGCAGAGAAGUAUAGAUGGGACAUUUUCGACAUGACAAAGGUCUGGCCGCAUAAAGACUUUCCGCUUCAGGAAGUUGGAAAAUUGACACUGAAUCGCAAUGCGCAAAACUACUUCGCCGAAAUUGAGCAGGCCGCUUUCUCGCCCUCAACAAUGGUCCCUGGCAUCGCGCCUACCGCAGACCCAAUGCUUCAGGCGCGCAUGUUUGCGUAUCCAGAUGCUGCACGGUAUAGAUUAGGAGUUAAUUACCAGCAGCUGCCAUGCAAUUCCCCCGUGUCGCCUGUGUACUCACCGUACCAGCGGGAUGGAGCUUCUAGACACGACACCAACUAUGGCCGUGAUCCAAACUACGUUAACGCCAGCCUCAAAACAGUCAAUUUUAAAGGUGACAGGGGAGCAAAUGGAGUCAGUGAUGGCGGGCACGAGGAAUGGGUCGCCGGGAAGGUGCAAGGCUACGCUACCGAAGUCAAAGAUGAUGACUUCGAGCAGCCUAGAAUGUUCUGGGAGAUGCUGGGGCGUACUGAACCAGAUGAACAGCGUGACCUCGUUAGCAAUAUUUGCACGCACUUGGGGAAGGCGAUUCCGCGCGUACAGAAAGAAGCCAUUCAAACCUUCAAGAAGGUGGAUGCUGGGUUUGCUGACCAGGUCCAGAAGGGGCUGAAACUGUAAAGCUGGUGCAUGAGUAACAAAACAGAUUCGUUUCAGUCAAUAUAAGUUCUAUACGUUGUACAUAUUCAGCCCAGCAUACCGUCUUGUGAUUUCGAC